AUGUCUACCACUUCACCAACAGACAGUAAGAACGUCACCGAUGCAUUUGACAUUGAGCGACAAGCAUCUGUUACUGCAGCAGCAGUGCAAGUCGCACCCAAGUCACUCGGGGCAGGCUCAGCGCUAGCUCUAGGCGCAUUCGGCACGACUUUGACAACCCUAUCUCUGAGUCUGAUGGAAUGGCGCGGCGUAACCAUCACCAACGUCUACGUGGGCAACUUCUUCUUCAUCGCAGCAUUCGGACUUGUCAUCACCGCGCAAUGGGAACUCUCCGUGGGGAAUGGUUUCGCGUACACGGUAUUCAGCGCAUUCGGCCUCUUCUACGCCGGCUACGGCGCGAUCCUCACCCCUGCCUUUGGCGUAGCACAAGCCUACGGAUCCGACACAGCACAGUACAACAACGCGCUAGGGUUCUUCAUGAUAUUAUGGACAGUAUUCGUGUUCGCGUUUCUGAUAGCAUCGCUGCCGACAAAUCUGGCAAACAUUUUGGUUUUCUUCUUCGUGGACUUGGGGUUCUUGACUGUGGCGGCGAGUUACUUUGCUGAUGCGGAUGGACACGCUGAGUCGGCGAGGGCAUUGCGCAAGACAGGAGGGGCCAGUUGCUUUGUGGCGGGGAUGGUGGGGUGGUAUAUUGUGUUUCAUUUGUUCCUGAAAGAUAAUAGUUUGCUGGAGUUGCCGUUGGGGGACACGGGGAGGUAUUUUGCGAAGAGCAGGAAGCGAGAAGAGUAG